AUGCUCCGGCGGCCAGCGCGCGUGCUCUGGUGGUCAGCGCGCGUGCUCUGGUGGUCAGCGCGCGUGCUCUGGUGGUCGGCGCGCGUGCUCUGGUGCGUGCUGCUCCAGCGGCGCCGCGCCUGCUGGCUGCAGCUCGCCGCGCUGGCGCUCCUCGCCACCUUUUGCGUGCAUGUGCUGUGGUCGUCGUCAGCUGAGCACCGCCGCACGAAGCGCCAGCUGCUGCGCCGCCUCGCUGCCACGCAGCGCUCGCCUGGCCAGCGGCCCAGCUGUUCAGCUGGCGCUCGGGGCACGUCCCCGCGCGCCUGGCUCGCGGUCGGCUCGCCGCAGCUCGGCGAGACCGGCCCGUACCGAGUGGUGUACGACUACGCGCCGGCCGUGAAGCGCGUCACCGGCAACCGCAGCGUCACGUACUGCACGCACGUGACGGCCGAGCGGCUGGAGCGGACGGCGGCGCUGUUGACUCGGUGGGACGGGCCGCUCUCCGUGGCCGUGUUCGUGCUGCCGGACGAGCUGUGUUCGCUCGCGGUCCAGCUGGCGCGUCUGCGUCGCUGCACGCCCGGCUUCCGCCGCCGCGUCAGCGUUCACCUCGUCUACCACGUGGCGCGCGCGCCGAACCUGACGCGCCUGGCGCCACCCGACCAACUAGCGCCGAGCGACUGCGCGCGGCCGCUGCCGGCGCCGGUCUCCGAGCGCCGCCGGCUCCGGCUGCCAUACCCGGUUAACGUGGCGCGCAACGCGGCGCGGCGCGCGGCGCGCACUCACUUCGUGCUCAGCUCGGACGCCGAACUGCUGCCGGCGGUCAACACGAGCGCGCUCUUCCUGCAGCUGAUGGCGCGGGUUGGGCGCGGCGAGGAGCCGCGGCUGGCCGUCACGAGCCGACAGGUUUACGUGCUGCCGGUGUUCGAGGUGGAGCAGAGGAUGCCAGGCAACAAGAGCGAUCUGGUGGGCAUGCUCCGCUCGGGCGAGGCCGUCUGGUUCCACCGACACGUGUGUCCACACUGCCAGAGGUUCCCCGGCGUCUCGCAGUAUACCACCAAGCGCUUCACGCCGGGCAAAGUGGCGGCGUUCUCCGUCACGUAUCGGCAGGUGCCGUACCACCGCUGGGAGCCGAUCUACAUCGGCACGGACGCCGAGCCCCUCUACGACGAACGGCUUAGCUGGGAGGGCAAGCAGGACAAGAUGACGCAGAUGACGGCGCUGUGCCUGCGCCGGUACCGGAUGGUGGUGCUCGACCAGCUGUACCUGGUCCACGCGCCGCAGCCGGGCGGCAUCCGCCGGCAGCCCGGCUUCACUGACCCGGCCGACGCCUGGCGUGCCGCGUUCAUCGAAGAGAACCAGCGCCACUACCAACGCAUCGUCGCCCGGCUGCCGACCCCUGCGCCGUCGUCCCGGCCCGCGACGCUCCACUACACCGCCAGCGUGUCCAGGAUGGCGCGCGUGUCGAAGCAGAAGUUCUCCCAGCUGGGCGCCGAGAAGCCGUCGGGCGGCCGCUCCUCGGCCAGACUGGAGCUGCUCUGCGACUUGGCGCGGCUGCGGGCCGAGCGCGAAGGCCGCCUUGCCGCGCGCCUUGCCGCGUGA